AUGGUUAAUUUGGUGAAAGGUUACAUGUCGACUAAGAUAUCGCAAUUGCUAAUGACACUUAUUGGUAUGAAACGCGGUAAAACUAAACGUGAACAGUUGUUAAUGGACGCGUUAUUUGUUUAUAUACUUGCGACGGUUUUAUCGGCAAUAUGGCUAGAAAAUUCGGAAUUAUUUUAUUCACGGAACGAUCUGUAUGCCCUCACUUAUAGUGCACCAUGUUGCUUCACCGUGACAUUCGAUUUUGUAAAAUUAAUGAUAUUCACAUACAAGCGGCAUGAACUGCAUGAACUGCAUAAAUUUACUGAAGAUACAUAUUGGAAUAAGGAUUACAAUGAACUGGAUAAAGCAAUACUAGACAAGUGCGAUACUACAAGUGCCAUUGGAAUGAGUAUAUUAGCUCUAACAUCAGCAAUCCUUGCAUUUCAUUAUUUGACAGGACCAUACUUGGAUAACUUAGGAACAAAUACCACUGAGAGAACGUUACCAUUUCGAGUAGUAUUCGACUUCCCAAUUACAGUGACCCCAUUAUAUCAGAUAUUGUACUUUAUUGAGGUGAUUGGAACAAUUAGUAUAGGUAUUUGCAGCGUAGCGUUCGCCUCGUAUCUAUUCUACACGUGCAUCUUUGUUUCCGGCUUCUUUAAAAUCUUGCAGCGAGAGUUGGAGAACGUGUGCGAGGUAGAACUAGAAAGUGUAAACACAAAAUCAUCAUAUAACAAUAAUGAUACUAUGCUUGCAUACAAAAAACUCAAAAAGUGCGUCAUCCAACAUCAACUACUAAUUUGGUAUUUGGGUAAACUGGAAGGACUAUUCUCCUACAUAUUGUUGAUGCUCGUAUUAUGUGCCGUCAUAAUACUCUGCUUUGCUGGGUUUCAAAUAAUUUUGGUAAGUGUCAUCACACAUUAUCGUC